CGCGCGCGAACAGUCGAAAUUUACAUUUGAAUUUCGAAUUUGUUUUGUUUUUUUUUUUUCUAAUAAGUGAGUGAACAAGGAUUUUGAAAAAGACUAUGACCACAGCCGUCGACAGAUGAUGGUACCGCCAUGCGAUUGAGCCAUGGCACGAAAUCGCGGGAAAUUCGAAAAUAGAACACAAACAUGGCGGAUAGUUGUUUUACUCUGUGCACUCGCCGGUUGCCAUGGUUACCAGGAGCAGAGGUUCGCGAUGGAGCCGCAGGAUCAGAGUGCGAUAGUGGGUUCUCGUGUGACACUCCCUUGUCGUGUGGAGAACAAAGUUGGUGCUCUCCAGUGGACGAAGGACGACUUCGGGCUGGGAACCCACAGGAACCUCAGCGGAUACGAGCGGUAUACCAUGAUUGGGAGCGACGAGGAAGGUGACUACUCCUUGGACAUAAGAGACGUGGCCUUAGAAGACGAUGGCAGAUACCAGUGCCAAGUCAGCUCUGGACUUAACGGUGAACCACCAAUAAGGUCAAGGUACGCGCAGCUCACUGUGCUGGUCGCGCCGCAGCCACCACGCAUCAUCCAGGGUGCCUUCAUAGACGCGACGGAGAACCAGGUGGUUGAUAUUGAGUGCGUGUCUGAGGGGGGGAAACCUGCUGCUGAGAUAACCUGGGUUGACGGUAACCAGAUGGUGAUCACGCAGGGCGUGGAAAACAGAGUGGAGACUCUUCCUGAUGAGCAGAGGUUUAGAACCAGGUCUGUACUACGGCUGGUGCCGAGCAAGGAGUUCCACAAUCAGACCCUAACGUGCCAGGCGCAAAACACAGCGGAUAGAGCGUAUAGGAUGGCAACCGUGCAUAUUGAGGUGAAAUACGCGCCUAAGCUCAACGUGUCCGUAAAGUCUGGAGCCGUCAACGGUCGGGUACCAGAAGGUACCGAAGCCAGGUUCCUUUGUGAAGUGGACUCGAACCCCCCUCCCCAGAUGUACCGGUGGUACCUGAACAACAAUCCAGUGGUUGGGGACUAUGCUGAGGAGAUGAUUAUCUUCAAUGUGUCCCGAAAACACAAUAAAGCAGCCGUUAAAUGCGAAGUGAGCAACUCUGCUGGGAGGAGUGAAGCGUCACUUACCUUAAAUGUCACCUAUCCACCUUCAUUUCGUACCCGACCACAAAACAUAGAAGCUACACUUGGCUCCACUGUUACCUUAAGCUGUGAUGUUGAUGGCCAGCCCCAGCCGGAAAUCAGAUGGCUCUUCCAUGAGCCGGGGAAAAUCGGGCAGGUCAAAGGGAAGGCUCCCAACCUUCGAGUCCAUGUUGAUGAAGAGACCGCUGGAAGAUACAUCUGCAAAGCAUCAGUGGAUGGAUAUCCAGAGAUCGAAAGCGAGGCUACUAUAUUUAUUAAAGGUCCGCCCCAAAUCCUAUCCAACCGUACCCAACUGGGUUCAGAAGGAGAAAGCACGAGGAUAGAAUGCGCGACCCGCUCUGUACCAGAACCAGAUGAUGUGAGAUGGUUCUUUGAAGGACGAGAGAUCAGUGUUAUACACGACCCGGACUAUGCUACCCUCGAAGAGAAACUCGGUGACGGCAUCGUUAGGUCCAGUCUGGUCAUCAGGUCUUCUGAGUCCAAACACUACGGCAUCUAUAACUGCAGCGUCACCAACGAGUACGGCAACGCCAAUGUUGCCAUCACUUUGAAGCCUAUAAAAACCCUGCCACUCUUCAUCAUCCUCAUCGGAGUAUCAUCGGGCAUCAUCCUCAUAGCUGCCUUCGUGGUUAUAUUGGUCAUCUGCAACCGGCGCAGACGCCGCAACCAAGCGAGGAACGAGAAACCAGACGUCACGGUCAACACCAGUGACAUCUAUAACAAGGACAGCGAUGGAAGUUCCAACAUAAGUGAUGUGAAGUUACAGAUUCCUCAGGAGAGCUAUGAUAUGGAAUACACAAACCUGGAUCGCUCUGACAUGAAGCCUGGUCUGCCCUUGGCCGGCCCGGUGCCCAUGCCAAUAAGGGACGACAUGAUGCCCUUCAGAUAUAGCAACGAUUACUCCGACCCUACCUACAAUGAUGCUUACUUUAAGAACCCCGCCUACGUGUACGACUACCCACAGGGCUACGCGCCCCCGCCGCAUCUGAGAGUACAGUCGCCCACCGAAACUGCUACUAAUAGGUCACAGCAAGAUUCAUUGACGCGUAGCAUAGACACAUCGUCGACUCUGCCACUCUCGAACGGCAAUGGAUCAGAGAACAAUUCUCUAAAACGAACGAACAAACCCGAAGAUACUGACGCUAUGAACAACCUUGGUCUACCUUUGGCAGGAGAAGUGCCCAUAUCAGGACCACAGGUAUACACCCAGCCUGGGAAUAAGAACCAAAGCGGUGUGGAUCUCAGAUACGCAGCUACGUACGGCAAUCCGUACCUUAGAAAUUCGCUGGGGUACAGCGCAGUGCACACCGCUAAGCCUGCGUCCACACCCGCUCCUCCCCCGUACUCUGCUAGAGGGGCCAUACCGCCAGGUAUAUAAGUACUUAGGUAACGAAAAGACGACGCCUGCAACGCAUGUUUAGUGAAAGUG